UGAACCUACUGAAUCUCAAGCGAGAAAGGCGCGUACAUUUUUAUGGAAUUAUCGACGUGUGUGCGCUCUGCCUCGCCACACUAUCUUUGCAAUCCACCGACAACAGCACACCUACAAGGUGACCGCGUUCAGCAGCAAAAGCAUGGAAAAAUUUGAUUUACCCAAACGUCUGCAGGGCAGCACGCCCAGCGUGUGGAACGAAUAUAUAGCGCUGGCCAUGCAGUACAAGCCCUUGAACCUGGGCCAAGGAUUUCCCGAUGAUGCAGCACCAGAGUAUGUCACCAACUCGCUGGCGGACAUUGCUAAGGACAAGAAUCCGCUGCUGCAUCAGUACACUAGAGGCAAUGGUCAUGUGCGUUUGGUUCAGGCGCUGUCCAAGCUCUACAGCGGCCUCGUUGGAAAAGAGCUCGAUCCGCUAAGCGACAUUCUGAUAACGUCCGGCGCCUAUGAGGCCCUUUACUCUACCAUAAUGGGCCAUGUGGAUGAGGGUGAGGAGGUCAUCAUCAUUGAACCCUUUUUUGACUGCUAUGAGCCAAUGGUCAAAAUGGCGAGAGGCGUGCCUCGCUUCAUUCCACUAAAAUUGCGUGAGAAAGACGGCCCCAUCAGCUCUGCAGACUGGGUCCUAGACAAUGCUGAACUGGAGAAGCUUUUCAAUGAGAAAACGAAAAUGAUCAUAUUGAACACCCCCCACAAUCCAACCGGAAAGGUCUUCCAUCGCCAGGAACUGGAACACAUUGCUGAAUUAUGUCGAAAGUGGAACGUACUCUGUUCCGAUGAGGUCUACGAAUGGCUUGUCUUCGAUGGCGUCGAGCAUGUCCGCAUUUGCACCCUACCUGGCAUGUGGGAUCGCACGAUUACCAUUGGUUCGGCGGGAAAAACGUUUUCGGUGACCGGCUGGAAAAUUGGAUGGGCCUACGGACCCCACGACUUGAUUAGAAACUUGCAAAUGGUUCAUCAAAACUCUGUUUAUACGUGUCCAACGCCAUUGCAAGAGGGAGUAGCGCGCAGCUUUGAAGUAGAAUUGGCGCGUCUGGGAAACCCGGAAAGCUACUUUCUGACAUUGCCGCGUGAGUUGCAGCCAAAAAGGGAUUUUAUGGCCAAAUUCUUGAGUGAUGCUGGCAUGCGACCCACAAUACCGGAGGGCGGAUAUUUUAUGUUGGCCGAUUGGUCGCCACUGGCACAAAAGCUGGACUUGAGUUCAGAGCCAGACAGGCAUCGGGACUACAAGUUCACGAAGUGGAUGACAAAGAACAUGGGUCUCCAGGGCAUACCGCCCAGUGCCUUUUACAGCGAACCCAAUAAACACUUGGGGGAGGACUUUGUCCGCUACUGCUUCAUUAAGAAGCAGGCUAAUCUGGACAAGGCAGCUGAACUGCUAAAGCAGUGGAACUAGAGAGUGUAUAUAUGUGGUGUGCGCAUUUAAUUUGUUACCCCAAUAAACGAAUUUGUUUAUAAA